UACGCUUUGUUUACAAAAUCAGAUAAAAGUUUAUAAAAUUAAUUAUUAAAAAAAAAUGUGGUGUACUAAUGAAAAUAAUGAAAGUAAUUCCUUGAAUUCCAUUAAAACCUCUUCUCUCAGCAAAGCUGAUGUGAAAAUCCUUGUGCAACUUGCAGUGAAUGCCAUCGAUAGCAAAGAAUGCCCCAUUGAGAAGCAGAUAGCAGCUAGGAAUAAACUCAUCAGCUCCUCAAAUACCAAACUCAGCAACAUCCAGUUUGCCGAGCUCUUUGGCACUGUUCUGGAGAUCAUCCGGGAGUACUUGAGGAAAACUAAAGAAUUCGAUAAGAAGGACAUUCUCAGGAGUCUGCUGCAAGAGCACAAAUUCCCCGAGGAUUGCAUAGAGGAGGUAUGCUCUACUCUUUGGAAGCACAGAGAUUUUAUGCUGCAGAAAUUUUAUGAAUUCAAAACUGUUAAUGUUGCCCCAACAAUCACCUGGCGCAUCAACAUAUCCAUGAUUGGUGAUUCCCAAACGAGGAUCUCUGAACCAACAAUUGUGCUGGAAGUUGCAUAUCCCAAUGGUAGGAUCACGGCAUUUGAGAUCAAUAAAUUCAUGUUCCAUCGACUACGCUACAGUGUUGCUCAACUCCUGAAAUCAAUGCAUGCAAUCGAGGCAAAAGUCAUUGUGAAGAAUUAAUAGAAUAUUAUUUUUUAGCUAAA